AUGGCUAGCACAUCUCCAGUUAUUCUCAUUCUUGGAUCGGGCCCCAAUAUCGGGCAGCAUGUGGCUCGGGCAUUUGCCGAAAAAGGCUACAAAGUUGCCCUUGCAUCUAGAAGCCUCAAGGAAGAAGAUACCAAUGGUGACCACGUCAAUAUUUCCGCCGAUCUGUCCGAUCCUCAUUCCGUGAAGGACAUAUUUUCGAAAGUCAAAGGAUCCCUUGGUCUGCCGAGUGUUGUUGUUUACAAUGCUGCUGCGACGACUUCAAACAAUCCAGAGAACCCUCUCUCUCUUCCAUUGGCUGACUUCAAUCGAGACUUUCAAAUCAACACGACAAGCGCAUUUGUCGCUGCACAACAGGCGGCUUUAAGCUUCGAGCAACUCCCUGACCACUGGUCUAAGACAUUCAUCUACACUGGGAAUAUACUCAACUCAACCCCUAUUGCAAGCCUUCUAGAUCUUGGUGUGGGUAAAUCCGCAACGGCCCACAUCAUCCGCUCUGCUGCUGCCGCGUACUCUAAUCGAGGCUUCAAAUUUUAUUAUGCAGAUGAGCGAAAGGCUAAUGGAGCUCCUGCAUAUUCUGAACUCGAUGGCGAGGCACAUGGGAGAUUUUAUGCCGAGCUUGCUGAGCACAAGUUCCAGGGUCCUUGGCAACAGACCUUUGUCAAGGGCAUAGGAUACAAGCACUUCUCAGUUUGA